AUGCAGAAAAAGGAGAAAAGUUUUGGUAUACAAAUGCUCUCAGUCCAGCCGGACACCAAGCCGAAAGGUUGUGCUGGCUGCAACCGAAAGAUCAAGGACCGGUAUCUUCUAAAGGCACUGGACAAAUACUGGCAUGAGGACUGUCUGAAGUGUGCCUGCUGUGACUGUCGUUUGGGAGAGGUGGGCUCCACCCUGUACACUAAAGCUAAUCUAAUCCUUUGUCGCAGAGACUAUCUGAGGCUUUUUGGCGUAACAGGAAACUGUGCUGCGUGUAGUAAGCUCAUCCCUGCCUUUGAGAUGGUGAUGCGUGCCAAGGACAACGUUUACCACCUGGACUGCUUUGCUUGUCAGCUUUGUAAUCAGAG